AUGGCGUCAAUACGAGCCGUCUCCAGAACGUCUCCAGCGGCACGCAGGUCGGCAGUACUCAUCUCGACUGUUCAUGCAAAGCGACUGCUUCACGCCUCGGCGACGCGUCGGGCGAUUACCAACUUCCAGAUGCCGGCCAUGUCGCCUACAAUGACGGAGGGUGGUAUUGCGUCGUGGAAGAAGAAGGAAGGAGAGUCGUUUGCCCAGGGUGAUGUCCUGUUAGAAAUUGAAACUGACAAGGCUACCAUCGACGUUGAAGCGCAGGAUGACGGUAUUAUGGGUAAAAUCCUUGCGCCGGACGGUACGAAGGGUAUUCCAGUUGGCAAGAUUAUUGCUCUCCUAGCUGAGGAGGGUGACGACAUCUCCAACCUCGAAAUACCAAAGGAAGAUGCCGCACCUCCACCUCCAGCGCAUGAGUCGGCAGCGUCAACUUCCUCUGCACCCGCACCUCCUCCUCCGGCUUCGUCUCAACCUCUUCAAAUCCUCUCCCAUCACCCUCCGGAACACUCGCGACCUCUCUUCCCUUCUGUCCACCGCCUGCUCAUCGAGAAUAAUGUGACCAAACCUGAGGAGAUUAAAGGCACUGGGGUGCGGGGUAUGCUCACCAAAGGUGACGUCCUCGCGUAUCUCGGCAAGGCAUCCGGCCCGUUGGGUACGUUCAAGCCUGGCCCGUCACCAAUCUCUGAGGCGAUCAAGGCGAAUACGAAGGGUGGCGCAGUGGCGAAGAAGUCUGACGGGGCGAAGAGGGCACCUCUGGACGGACCUUCCAUUCGCCGACUCAUAGUCUCGACAAUGCUUCAAGCGUCCAUCAAGGCGCGUAACCCGGUGCCAGCUGGCCUCAAAGACGCGGACUUCGAUUCUGUCAUCGCGGAUUAUCUUCCUUCCAACCCACCCUCUACCCCAUCCAAAGCUCCUUCAGCUCCAUCGGCGUUGAAAAAGUCCUCAAAUUAUCUCGACGGAUUAUUCUGA